AUGUCUCUUACUCUGGGUGCCGCUAUUUACAUUGCAUUAAAACCUAUAUUUAAAAUAUACACCAUUAUGCUUGUUGGCUAUUUGCUAGCUAAGUUCGAUAUUGUUUCUAUGGAAAAUGCUAAAGGCAUAUCAAAUAUGGUUGUUAAUGCUAUUUUGCCUUGUUUGACCUUUAACAAAAUUGUAUCCAAUAUUUCAUGGAGGGAUAUCAAGGAGAUUGGAGUGAUCAUACUUUCUGCCUUCAUUUUGUUUGUUCUAGGUGCCACCGGCGCCUUAUUUACUACAUUUGCUACAACUGUACCUAAAAAGUUCUUCUGGGGCCUCAUAUUUGCCGGUUUCUUCCCAAAUAUAUCAGAUUUACCUAUUGCUUAUAUUCAGAGCAUGGGAAAUGGCUCUAUCUUUACUGCCGAUGAAGCUGAUAAAGGAGUUGCUUAUUCGUGUAUCUUUCUAUUCAUUCAAAGUUUCCUAAUGAUGAAUUUUGGAAUGUGGAGAGUGGUCGGGCUUGAUUUUAGAGAUACAGAAGAAUCAGAUAGCGAGAAUAUUACUCCGUCAGCAAGCCCCGCCAACGAUGAUUACAAACCUACUGGACUGACAAAGUUACCAAAUAUCGCACGUCCUACAAAUACCUAUCAAUCGGAGGAUACGAGAAAUAAUAGCGAUUUGUCUUGUAACUCUAUCACUACAAAUGAAAUGACACCACGGGCAUAUUGCGAAGAUUUUACUGGCCACAUCAAACCUUAUAAAGGGUCAACUCUUCGAGGAUCGAUUGGUGCAGCCUUUAAAGUUGAAAAUGAUCUUCCACAUGCUGAAAUAUAUAGGGUUUCCUCAACUUAUUCAAGUCCAGGUGCCUUGGAGUUCUCGCGAAUGGAUGACAAUUCCUUCUCAUACAGUCUUAUAUCAAAAAAUAGCGGUGGCAGAAGUACUAUAAGGAAAAGGAAAGCAGAUAUGAGUGAAUUGAUUUCAAAAUACAGUGCUGCCGAAAAAAUAAGACAAGGAGAAUUAGAUUUAUCAAGGCCACUCUCCUUGACUGAAGAAGUUGGAAGCAGGAAUGCAAGUAUUGGUAAUGUGUGCACUGAUACUACCGACAGAAAUUCUACAGAAGAAGAAAAUUGUACUAGCGGUUAUAGUAAUGAGAAGCGCGGCCUCUCUGUGUUUCUAGAAAAACACAAUCUUAAAUGGUUACAGUACUUCAUCAUAAACUGCCUGAGGCCAGCAUCUCUAGGGGCAAUACUAGGCAUUUUUUGUGCAUUAAUUCCCUGGGUUAAGGCGUGCUUCGUAACAACAUAUGUUCAUGUUCAUAAGGCGCCUGACGGAGAACCCGUUCUGAAUUUCCUAAUGGAUUUCACAGAAUAUAUUGGAAAUGCGUGUGUUCCAUUGGGGCUGUUAUUACUGGGUGGAACCUUGGCAAGAUUAGAAAUUCAGUCAUUGCCACCCGGAUUUAUUAAAUCCGCAUUAUUGAUGACAUGCUUUCGAUUGAUCGUCAUUCCCAUCAUUGGCGUCCUAUGGGUAAAUAAAUUGUACUCAAUCGAUUGGCUAGAUACGCGCAUAGGAAAAUUUGACAUGAUAUUAACAUGGUCCAUGCCGAGUGCUACUGCUCAAGUAUAUUUCACAGCCUUUUAUACCCCGGCAUGUGGUGAUCAUAUCCAAAUGAACUGUUUGUCAGUCUUAUUUGUUAUACAGUAUGCAAUUCUUUUCAUCACUGUGGCAUUUGUUGUUACAUAUACUUUAAAGGUUGAUUUAAAGGUUUGA